AUGGAAAUACUCAGAGAACAACAAGGAUACAUAGUCAACCAAAGAAAAUUUACCUUGGAACUCCUGGCUGAAUUUGAUUGUCAAGGGCCUACUGUCUCUUCUCCUCUUGAUCCAUACUCCAAGUUGCACGCUGAAUUAGAACCACCCAUGGAGGAUCCCACUCUUUAUCCUCGUUUGGUGGGGAAACUCAACUAUCUCACCAACACUCGGCCAGAUAUUUGUUUUGCUGUCCUUUGCCUCAGUCAAUUUAUGCAAAGACCCUCGCUUUCCCAUUUUUCUGCUGGUCUCAGGGUACUCCGCUAUCUUCGAUCCAACCCAGGUCAAGGUAUCCUUCUUUCCUCUGCUCCUUCUUUUGAUCUCAUUGCAUUUUGCGGUGCUGACUGGGCUGCUUGUAAAGAUUCUCGUCGCUCCGUCAGUGGCUUCUUCAUUACCCUUGGUGGUGCCCCUAUUUCAUGGAAAUCGAAGAAACAAAUUUCCAUCUCUUUAUCAUCCGCUGAGUCUGAGUAUAGAUCCAUGAGACAUGUGACCGCUGAAAUCACUUGGCUUGUUCGUCUUCUUGCUGUUUUGUCUGCUUCCCCAACUUCGCCGGUGCCUUUACAUUCUGACAGUCAGGUGGCGAUUCAUAAUGCCCGCAAUCCCGUUUUCCACGAACGCACUAAACAUGUGGAGUUGGAUUGUCAUUUUGUUAGACAGCAAUUUCUUGCUGGUUUAAUAUCCCUCUCCUUCGUUCCUUCAAAGUCCCAAAUAGCCGAUCUCUUCACUAAACCCUUAUCUGGGGUUUCUCAUACCAAUAUCAUGAACAAGCUAGGGGUUUCGUCUCUACCCUCCAGCUUGAGGGGGGAUGAUGAAGAAGAGAAGAAAACCAUGAAGAUUUCUUCGCCAAUUUUACACAGAAAAGAGAAGGAAGAAGGAGAUGAGAUAUUUCAGACAAACACCUAA